CGGGGGCUCCUCGGAAAGGCCCCGGGCGGGGUUUGGGGGGGCGAUCUCAGGUUUCAUAUAUGGGGGUGACCAGCACCCCCCUCCCCCCCAAACAUGCUACCCCCCGAAAAUGGAUCCCUGAGCAGCUGCUUGGGGGAUGAGCACGGCCUGGGGUCCCCCUGCAUCCCCCAUGGCCCUGGAGGAGCCCUUGCACCAUCGCAGGGGGGUCGCUGCUCAGAGGGUCCCCACAUUGCCUGGGCUCGCAGGAGGUCACCGGGACACGAGCCUUGGGGCUGGUGGCACCUCAUUCGGUACCCGGGGACCGGACCGAGCCCGCGGGGACCGGACCGAGCCCGCGGGGACCGGACCGAGCCCACGGGGACCGGACCGAGCCCACGGCGACCGGACCGAGCCCGCAGGGACCGGACCGAACCCACGGGGACCGAAGCCGUGCCCUGCCACCGCCCCCUGCCCUGCCCCGACAGGUCGGGCCGGUCCCGUGGACGUGGGAGUGACACUGUGCUCAUGGCUGAGCCUCCCCGGAGGAUCCCGGAGCCUUUUCCCGGCCUCUCCGGGCUCGGGAUGGUGCUGGAGGGGGUCAAGGCCAGGGUCCGGCGCUGGGGCCGGCAGCUGUGCUGGUCCCUGUUCCUGCUGCUGUACGCGGGGUGGCCGCGCUGCCUCACCCCCCCUCUGCCUUACAGGCUGCUCUUCGGGAUGCUCUACCCGGCCUACGCCUCCUACAAGGCUGUGAAGACGAAAAACAUCCGGGAAUACGUCCGAUGGAUGAUGUACUGGAUCGUCUUCGCUCUCUUCAUGGCCACAGAGACCUUCACUGACCUCCUCAUUUCCUGGUUCCCCUUCUACUACGAGGUGAAGAUGGCCUUUGUCAUCUGGCUGCUGUCCCCGUACACGCGGGGGGCCAGCCUGCUCUACCGCCGCUUCGUGCACCCCACGCUGGCCCGCAGGGAGAAGGACAUUGACACGUUCCUGGUCCAGGCCCGUGAGCGCGGCUACGAGACCAUGGUGCGCUUCGGCAAGAGGGGCCUCAACCUGGCGGCCACUGCCGCCGUCCAGGCGGCCACCAAGAGCCAGGGCGCGCUGGCCGGGCGGCUCCGCAGCUUCAGCAUGCAGGACCUGCGCUCGCUGCCCGAGCAGGUCCCCGUGCACUUCCAGGACCCGCUGUACCUGGAGGAGCAGGAGAGCCUCCAGCAGCCCCUGGCCUACGGUGCCGGCCGCCGCUACGAGAGCGACACGGACGAUGAGGAAAUGUGGUCGGACUCGCAGUUGUCCCCCCCAGAGCCGCCACGCCGGGAUCCCAAACCCCUGUCCCGCAGCCAGAGCCUGCGAUCCCUGAGGAAGAACCCAGGAAAGGAGGGCUCCUCCCGGCUCCUGCGCAGCCGAGCCAAGAGAAGAGCGGCCCUGUCAGAGCAGGACAGCUAAAAAUCCCUGGAAACCUCUGCCAGGAGGCUGGAGAGGAAUUUGCUGCUGCAUCAGGAGGGAGCUGUGGCUCCUGCAUCCCCAGGAUGGCUCCUGCGUCCCUGGGGAUCCUCACUCUGUAAAUCCCUUCCGUGACCUCUGCGGUGCCUUGAGGAGGGGGGAGCAGCUCAUCCCCCCCUCCCCAGACCCCCCAGCUCGGCGCCGGCGCCUCUCAGGUGGGGUCUGGCCCCUCCUUUUCCCCCAUCCCAUGAACACUACACACUUCCCCUCCUCUCCUGCUGCCAUGGUGCCUUAUUCCCAACAUUCCUGUUGCCCUGGGAGCCAGGAGUGGAUGUGCUUUGUCCCUCUGAAGCCAAAGGCAUGACUCAGACACAGACUGACACCCGGAGCGCCGGGCAGCACACGGCUUUUAACAUUCCCCUCUCCCAAAAAGGGGGUUUUGUACAUGGAAAAAUAAAGGUUGUUUCAGACUUUGGUGCUGUUCCCUUCUACAGGAAGCAUCCUGAGAUGUUUUUUUCUCUCUUGGAGGAAGCUCUGGAAUCGAUCUGAGACUCCUCCAGGGCCUCUCCUGGAGUCUUUUCACCCUUGUUCCAGGAUCCCAGACUCCUCCAUGAAAGGCUUCCUGAGCCUUUUUCCUUUGGAGGAAGCUGAACCCUCGGGGAUCCAUCCAAGGCUCCCUCCAGGCAUCUCCCAGAGCCUUUCCCCCAUAUGUGAGGUUCCAGAAUCCCGAAUAACAUCCCCAAACUCCUUCAGGGAAGCUUCCUGAGACGAUUUCCUCAUUUGGAAGGAACUCCAUCCUUGGGAAUCCACGCCGUGCUCCUCACGGGCAUCUCCCAGGGUCUUUUGCCACCCGCUUUAUGUUCCCUAAAGCCGCCGGUGCCAUUCCCAAACUUCCCGGGAUCCCUGCAGUAGCCGCAUCCCCCACGGCGUGGCAGCAGCGGCCUCGGCCCCGCCGGGACAGCCGGGAUGCAGCCGGACAUCCCAGGCUCGUCCCCUCUCCCACCGGGAAUCCCGGCUCCUUCCCGGGGGGGGGGGCUCAUCCCCCACCCGGCCGAGCGGCAGGGGGGUGGCACAAGGUGACUGUCGCCUCCUCCUGCCGCCCGCGUGUCCCGCGGUGCCCCUGGCAUCAAUCCCCUCGCCCCCAAUCCUCCCUGCCCUCGCCCCUGGGGCCAGCUGUAUUUUUAGCCCUUGGCUGCCGCCCGAUUUCGGGGGUCUUCCCAGGGCAGCAGCCCCGGCCCCUGGGCAGGCCGGGCUCGGCGGGGCGGCCCGGGGCAGGCAGGGGUGUUGGAGCAGAUUAGGUGGAGGUGGCUGGAUUAGCCCCGUAAAACUGCCUGCGAGACGAUUACUUAAAGCAGCGGAGAAGGAAGGGCUGGGUGGGGACAGCGAGGGCCAGGGGGCUGCCUGUAAUCCCCCUAAAGCCGCUUAGGCAGCGCGGUUCCUCCAAGGAUACGGCCCAGGGAGGCUUCUGAGGCGAGCUGGGGGUCAAAGCGGGGGUUCUUCCCUCUUGGGGUGCUCCCAGGUGUGCUGAGAGAGGGGGGCAGCAGCGCUGGAGCCUCGGUGUUGUGUCCCCAUGGUGCGGGGUCAGGGAUUCCCAGCUUCGGGAAACUGAGGCACGACCCCAGCGCCUUCCAAAGGGGGAAAAGUGGGGUUCUGGGAAGGAACAAAGAGUUUUGGUGUCCUGCUUUGGUAAAUCCAUGCGUCCCCCAGGGGUUGAAACCCAAGGAGGGGGCAGGAGCCGGGCGGGGUGGCACAGCCCGUCCCCCCGGGGCCGAGGCAGCUCCGGCGGUGCCAGCGCUGAUCCCAGCUGUGUCAGCGCACGGGCCAGUGCCAGGCUGCAUCAGCAAAGCCCUAAUCCCCCCCGGCUCGCCUGGCACCGCCCCAGCACCGCACUUUAAGCGCCUGACCUGAGCUCGCCCGCUGCCACGGUCCCCUCCGGGGAGGGGUUGCCAGGCUGAGCC